AAUGGGGGUGGAUGCGUAUCAAGGGGUGGGCGUGGCUUCCCAAUCUAAGCCCCUCCUUCCCCCCAGGCGGGCAGAAGGCCCGGGUGGUCUUCGCCGAGCUGGCCUGUCGGGAGCCCGACGUGCUCAUCCUGGACGAGCCCACCAACAACCUGGACAUCGAGUCCAUCGACGCCUUGGCCGACGCCAUCAACGACUACAAGGGGGCGGUGAUCGUGGUGAGCCACGACGCCCGGCUGAUCACCGAGACCAACUGCCAGCUGUGGGUGGUGGAGGAGCAAGGGCUGAGCCAGAUCGACGGCGACUUCGACGACUACAAGAGGGAGGUGCUGGAGGCGCUGGGAGAGGUCGUGGUGCACCGGCCCCGCGAGUGAGGGGGGCUCGU